AUGGCUUAUAUCAUUGAAGAGGUUAACACGGAGAUGCUGAGUGCAUCUGCUGCCCUGCAGGCUAUCGCAAAGCUCCUACCUGACCUUGCAAGCGAUGUUUCUAAUGCCAUAAACACCCCCUACGCAUCCUACGCGAAAACGAACUACAGUGUUCCUACCGAAGAGGAGAGACGCGAGAUCAGACCGAUGAUAUCUGCCAUAUCGCUAAUGAUGGCCGACAUGCAAGCCAUCUCUGACACUUUGGUUAGCUUCUACAAGAUGUCCCUUCAGGCUAGAAAGUCGUAUCUGCGACUCGUUUCCCCCGUCGGUCGGAUCCCCCCGGAACUGUUAUCCAAGAUCUUCAUCCGCAGUGCAAGGAAGGCGAAGUCUCUUCUCCCUCCGCCAGAGGCGCGUAUCCCAUACAUUCGUCAUCACAAGAAAGCAAAGAUCAGCCCAACCGGGUAUCUCAAUGUUGCCAAGGUCUGUCGUCGAUGGAGAGACGUCGCCCUGAGCACUCCGAGACUGUGGACUAGGCUCGAAAUCGCCCCCAUAGAUAGGGACAUGUGGAAGAGUCAGACCCUUCUUACCUCAUUUCCACUGCCUGUGGAGCCCCUGAUAAGAGCGAUGGGGCUCCCUACUUUCCUCACUCUUGAUCUACGGGGGACAAGCUUAAUUCAAGACACCAAGGUCGACUAUCUCCCCGUAAAUCCCGCGUGUAACAGCGUGCGGGCCAUUGACAUUGUGCGCUCCUGCUGUACGCUCUCCAUCUUGGAGCUCUUUCAGUGGCUUUCCCAAUUCGGCAACCUCACUCACCUUCUUCUCGACAACAUCGGGAUAGAUGUUCGCUCUGAGGUUGGCUUCGAUCAGGAAUGGCCUCCGGCAGGUUUACCUUCCCUAUUCUUUGAUCGCUUGACGCAUCUUCAUGUGCGAACCGACAUGAUCUAUCAGGUAGAAGAGUUCUGCUCUACUCGCACGUGGGGAAACCUGCGCUCGUUGACUCUUGAUAUGUAUGACGGGAGCGAAGUUUGGUGUACGAUUCUGGAAGUGAUCUUCGACCACCUACCGAACCUCGUCGAGUUAUGGAUCGCAGAAGACGCCGUCGAAGAGGGAGGGGUUGGGCAUUGGGAUUCCACCCAUAUUACGUCCACCAAGAUGCGAGUAUUUUCGCUCACUGUGGACCGGCAGUAUCUUCCUGACGAAGGCUAUGCGAUGGACCCCCUAUUCGGCUCACUCAACCUUCCCGCUCUUACCGAUCUCGUGGUGACAUGCCCGCUGGAAGGCGAUGUCGAGUUCUUACGAGGAUUCCUCAUACGCUCGCGAUGCCAACUCUCCAGUCUUACAUUCACAGAUGUCCCCGAUCAGGAUCUUACAGAUGCGGAGUCGAGCUUGAUUCAUCAAGCCGGGACUGGCUUGGGAGAGGAGUUUCAUAUCCAGUGCGUCACAUAUACGCGUACUUUGAAGGAGGCACGGGUUUUCCGAGAGGCAAAAAAUAGCUGGUACGGCGUGGGCGCUAGGUAGCUUUCUUUUGGACGACGAGAUACAGUGACUACCUUCUUGCUAGUGUUACGCUAACAUUACCUUUACCCAGUGGAAGGACUUCGCCAACAGUGUUCUGUUUUGAAGUGACUUCUAAAUUAUAGCAGGAAUACAUGUAACGAUGGAAAUAUUGACAGCCCGCAUGACGCGCCCAAGCCUUUGUUUAGCCAUUGUUUCUGAUUACGUACUCUGAUAAUUCACCUUCGCUUUGCCCUCACUGUG